UUCCUUCUCUUCCACCAAAAUAAUCAUCGUACAGCGAUGAAGUAAGUUAUCUUUAAAAUCCUUUCCCAUCCAGACAUUUAUCUACCACUUUAGAACAUAGAUCAAACAUCCAAAGCUACUAGAGUUCUUUUAGUUUUAUUUCAGUGAACAAAAUUGAAAUUAUAACAAUUAACAAAAGUGCAAUUUUCCUCCUCUUCUUAGUGACUCUCUCAUGCUAGGAAUACUACUUGUGUCUGCUUGAUAGCGUACUAAAUUCUUCCAUUUGAUUGGAAAUAUGAAAUUGAAUUGGUCAUAUUUUCUAGGCUCGAGUUGUGUAAUUACAGUGGGUACAAGAUCUACCCUGGCCAUGGCAAGAGAUAUGUUAGGCUGGAUGGAAAGGUACGUUAUGUUGUAGAGUUGUAUAGUAGCUGAAAUUGCAGUAGAUGGUAGUUUGAUUUUCGCAUAAAUGUUUUUCAGAAAUUGUUCUUUGCCCUGACUAACAGUAAUUCCAUUGAAAGAGGAAGCACACUUGUACAUUCGAUUUGCAGUUUCUUUAGUCUGUCUUCUUAAAUGUCAGAGAAGAUUUUUUCAAAGUCGAAUGAGUCUCUGUACUUCUUGCUUUUAAUGUUAUUUGUAUAGCGAAACUAUUGAAUACAGGUGUACAUGUAAAUUAAUUGGCUACAUUUUUGAAAAAGAGAGGAAUGACACAACAGGUGCUUUGGCCAUUAAGUGUAAAUGUACUAGCAUUCUGUUGCAAAUGCUGCAACCCGAAUGGUUACUACUUGGUAUCUACUCCAUGAUAGAAAGCAAUUUAGUUUGAAUACUUUCAUUGUCUUGUUUAAAAAGUAAAAUGAAAAUAAGACAUUGGCCUGUCUUUUUAGGUUCUGAAGAAUUCAUAAAUUUAUCAUAAAGUAAUUAGACAGUUCACUCUUGAUUUCUAUUGGUGAUGGUGGAUUCAGGCAUACCCCACGUCAGCUAUCAUGCAACAUAAAUCUUGAGCUCCCAAACUAAUUGAGAUAUGUAUAGACUUGACAUUGGAUUCUGUAUUUGUACCACUGUUGUUGAAGAGGACCUUGUCGGUUUUUGCUGAUUGUAAGUUGAAAUUAAAAAGAUGUGUGAAAGACCUUAUGACAGGGGUAUUCAUAAAAGCAGGUUACUGGCUGUCUGCUAAUGCUUAUAAGACCUCUUACUGGUGUUUUUUUAGCCUGCAAACACUUGCUCCUGUGUGGGUUUUUCCUUAGGACCCUUAACUGUUAACAGCCACUUAUUACACCUUUGGCAGCCGCUUGUGGAAAAGGUUGCUACAGUAGAACCCCUGUUUAUGGUCACUUUAACAAGUUGUUCGUUAGGGUGGGCUCCCUGCUGAGAUUUUUUCUGUUUUAUGGUUAGGUCUUCAACUUCCUCAACAAGAAAUGCGAGCGAGCCUUGUUAAUGCACCGUAAUCCUCGUAAGAUUACAUGGACUGUGCUCUAUCGGAGAAAGCACAAGAAGGGUACCACAGAGGAAGUCUCCAAAAAGCGAACUAGACGUAAUGUCAAGUUCCAGCGUUCAGUACAGGGGGCAACUCUUGAGAACAUUUUGGCUAAGCGAAACCAGAAACCUGAAGUCAGAAAAGCCCAGCGUGAACAAGCCAUCAGGUUGGUGUAAAGAGUGCAUUUAGCAGGGCUAAAAAUUGAUGGUCACACAGUUGCCAUUGGCAAGUUAAAACUGACCAGGGCUACCAAAAGUUAAGGUGUGAAUGCCCGAUGUGCGACUAUGCUACAGAAUUUCAAAAAGUUGCAAUGUAAAUUAUGCGAAGUACAAAGUUAAAAAUAGAAUGCAAGAUAUAAUUUAAUUGGACUACCUUUCUCUUUGUUUCUUUGCCUGGACUCUAAAAUCAUCCAUCUAGGUGAAUUUUUAGUUCUGAAGUGGAAAUUCCGAGCCGUUUUAACAGUAAUUUCACGAGUGAUCCACAUUCGCAACAUAUAGAUGCCAUUUUGAUUUUGUGAUUGCCACGUGACUCUGGACUUUUGUGUUCUUUCCUUUUAAUUAACGCUCUGUUAAAAGCCAUGGGGCGUUUAUUCAAGUUUUUCAUUUUAAACUAGCGGAAAUCGAGGGCAACUUUAUUUUGGGAUGGGCCACUAAGAAUUCAAGGAAACUGGCGUGACUGGCCACCAAGCACUGGAGUUAAUUUUUAGCCCUGCAUUUAGUCCAGCAAAUUAAAGGAAGGGUGUUAUAAUGUUGAACCUGGUAAUCAUGCUGACUUUUUACGUCUUCAUAAGUGGAAAUCUAAAUGGUGUGUUUUCGUAGGCAUUGAAGAUAUUGUGAUUUCAGAACAGAUGAAUUCUGGUUUCUCAUUGAUCUCUAUAAAAUUAGGCUCACUAUAACACUGCUGCUUCAGAAAAAAAUACACUGAAGUACAACCUUGUUGUCCAGACAUAAUUCCAUGAUGAUUUAAUAUACCUACAUUGUUUGAGAUCCUCACAGAGAAUCUCUGAUUUAACAUUCAUCAAAACUCUGAGAAAAGUGUUCUGGACAGGUAGACAUAAUUUCAUUUAAGUUUAUAUUGUUGUACAAAUUUCUUCAAUAUCACAAUAUUCUUCAUUUUUUUCCAAAGGGCUGCAAAGGAGAAGUCAAGGGCUAAAGAGCAACAAAAGAAGGUUACCAAGGUAUGAAUCUUUGUUAGUGGCUUUCUUUACUAAGGAUUGUAGCUAGAAUUAAACUUAGUGGCUGAAAUUUCAAGUGAGAUGCUUCAAGGAGAGACGUGGUCUGGUUAUGACUAUUUGUUUCCAGUCAUUUGCAACGCUUUGAAUGAGGCGUUUCUAAGCUCUUGUUUACAAAAUGGGGAAUGAAAGAAAUGAAAAGAAGUUGCAAUUAAAAAGAGUUCAAAACAAUGAUUUCUUUCAGUUACUUUACUUGCUGUAGUGUCACUAAUUCAGAGGUUAGUUAGGGUUACAUUUAAAUAUUUUUAAGCCCACUGUAGUGUUCUGUAUUGAACAUUUGUUGAGUGUGUAACCUCAGAAGUGCCAGCUGUGCUUUAUUGAGCAAAUUUGCAGGCAGCUGGCACUUAGGGAAAACAAAUUACUUUUUUAUCAGACAUUAAAUUUGUACACUUCAAUUUCUUUAGGCACAGCAACAACAGCCCAUCAGACAGAAGCAAAAAGCAGCCAAACCUGUGCAGACAAAGGCUCCUCGUGUUGGAGGAAAACGCUAA